AUGGAUUACAUUUGCAGAACCAAUGUCCCUCCUGAUUCCAAGAUGUAUAAAUAUGUGGUUACUGUCACACCUCCGCCCCGUAUCACACAGGUUACCCUCAUUGCCAUCUCACACCUCAAGAUCAUCCGUGAAAAGAUGGUAAAUCUUGAGAAAUGUGGGUUUUCGGAUGAUGAGGUUUUGCAGCUUUUUGGACGCUCUCCUCUCGUGUUGAUGCUGUCCGUUGACAAGGUUCAGAGAAACAUGACUUUUGAUUUGAGUAUGAUGAAGUUACCGGCCAAAGUGGUGCUUGAUAGGCCAUUUUUGCUCUUCUACAAUUUGGAGGCCGUGUUAAAGCCACGAGUUCUUCUAGAAGAGAAGCUACAAGAUAUGGAUCUUGUCCCACAAAUCAAGGGACCUUUAAUGUUGAGGGCAUUGAGGAUGACAGAUAAGCGUUUUGUUGGGGCAUUUGUCGGAUGUCACCAAGAGGAUUUUGCGAAUGAGUUGAUGGAAUAUUACACAAAUGCAAAAGGUGUUGGACGUUUGGCAGAAUCCUCCAAAAAACACUUGCAUAAAGGAUUCCCAUUCUGAACAUUUUUGUCAAUCGGGUAGCAUAAUGCAGUUCAUUUCUAUGAAUGUUUACUUCUCCCCAUAGCAUUCUUGAGCAUUUGUGUUUUCUCCCUAUCGCAUUUGUUUGUCUUACAUGCCUACAAGGAUUGCUGUUUUUUGUUUCUCCGUUAAGUGCUGAGCGUUUACACAGCAAAUCUGUGUUCUAUAUGUCCUGCAACAGAUAGAAGGGUGAGAAAACUAAAAUUGCUGCUAAUCAGUAAUUAGUUGUAACUAAUAAUUGCAUGUUACUCUUGUCUUGACCUCUGUGUGUUAUUAAAGGUAG